AUGAGUCAAUUUUAUGAUAAGCUUGAACGUUAUGAACCUGAUGAAAAAACGAAAAACUUAUGCACAAAUUAUAUUUACUUUCUAUUAUUUUACAAUUCUUAUGUUUUAAUAUUAUAUAUAUAUACCUUCUUUGCAACCUCUAUAUCUUUCUAUGGAUGGUUAUUUUUUAUGAAUCUAUAUUUUUGUGUAUUUCCUGUAUUUUCAUUUAUGAGAAACUCAUAUAUACCUAUACUUUUGAGAUUUUAUAAUUGGAUGCUAUUAGUUUCUAGUAUUAUUUCUAUUAUCAUUCUAUUCGAAGGGAUAUUUUUAUAUAAAAAAUUAGAAUUUUAUUUAAUAAUUAUAUAUUCCUUUUUAACAACAUUUAAUUCAUUAUUAUGUUGGAAUGUUACUCAAAGAAUAUUUGAAGGAAAAAAAACAGUCAAUGAUAUCUUAGAAACUUUAAGAUCUAAGAGUGUUACAAAAAAUGAAUAUAUUAAUUCAAGUGUUAAAAAAGAAGAAAAACAGAAAAAAUUUAUAGGAAAAGGAAGGACUAUAAAGGACUCUAAUUAUGUUAAAGUAUAA